AUGGCACAGUGCGAGCGUGCCUCUAGGCCGCUGCUUCAAUGCCUUCGUUCCACCUAUACUAGAGGCCUCCCCGGCCUUCAGGCGCGUGGAUUCCAGUCGUCGGCAACCGUCUCGGAGGCUCAGAGCGAAGAGAAUCAACCUUUCUACAAGAACCCUGAUCCGGCCCUUGUCUCGAGUCCGCGCCUGGAGCGCCGGCUGAUGAGACAAGGAGUCAAUCCGGUGGGCUCACGUCGCCGCCGUGCUGCUCUCCAAAACUCCUCCAACAUUCCCUUCGAGCAGUUGCCUUACCAGUGUUUCCAGGAGGCGCGAAAGGUGCUUUUGGAAGAUCGUGCUGAGAAGCUGAAGGAAAUUGAUGCUAUGAGGCAGAAGAUUGCGAGAGUCCAGGCACAACCUGUGGAGGAAGCUGGAGGAGAGCAGGCGCAAAAGUCUCGAUUGCGGGCUAUGCAGUUGCAUCUCGAGCGACUGAAGAUCAACGCGGAUAUUAAUGACCCCCUGGUCAAGCGAAAGUUUGAGGAUGGCAAAGGUGACAUGAGCAAGCCCAUCUACCGCUUUUUGGCCGACCGGAAAUGGCGGGAAUACCGACGCAAGAUCUUGGUGCAGCGUAUCACGCAGAUGAAGGUCACUCCCGAUGUUCUCCCUCACUGCGACCCUACGGUCGACACCAAGUUGUACUUCAACAAGCGACAAAUCCAGCCCGGAGAUUUCGUCGAGGCAAAGAUGAGUGUCGAGCCUCCCAAGCUCGACAUUCAGAUGUUUGAACGUGGAGAGAAGCUCGUCACCAUUGCGGUUGCCGAUCCUGAUGUGCCAAAUGUGGAGGCGGAUAGCUUUGACUUCAAGAUGCACUUUUUGGCUGUCAAUGUGCCCAUCUCCGCAAUCAACACCAAAGUGGACCUCUCCGCGCUUGCCGAAGAUUCGCAGGUUGUUUUGCCUUGGCUGCCUCCUGUUGCCCAGAAAGGCAGUCCCUAUCACCGCCUUUCAGUCUUUAUCAUGGAGCAGAAGGAUUCGAAGCCCCUCGACUUUGCUGCUGUGAAGGCGAAUGAGUCGGACCGAGACACCACUCUUCUGCGCACUCUGCAAGCUCGUUACCACUUGAAGGCCAUUGGUGCGCACCUGUUCCGCAGCCAGUGGGAUGAGACUACUCUGGAAGUCAUGCGCCAGAUUGGCUACAGCGGAGCUGACGUUGAGCUUCGCCGGAAAAAGGUCGAGCCUCUUCCCUACAAGCGGAGAAAUCCUUCGUCUUUCAGGUGA